AUGGGGAAUUGCUGUGCUACUCCGGCUACUCCUUCAAGGCAGCAGCACAAGGGGAAGAACAAGAAGCAGAACCCAUUUGCAGCUGAUUAUGUAGUGAGCAAUGGCAAUGGUGGUGGGAACUGGGUGUUGAAAGAUCCAACGGGUCGAGACAUUUCUGCCUUAUAUGAUCUGGGUAGCGAGCUUGGAAGGGGUGAAUUUGGAAUAACGUAUUUGUGUACUGAUAGAAACACAGGGGAGAAACUUGCUUGCAAAUCGAUUUCGAAAAAGAAGCUGAGGACUGCUGUGGAUAUUGAUGAUGUGAGGAGAGAAGUUGAAAUUAUGAAGAAUUUGCCUAAGCAUCCGAAUAUUGUGUCAUUGAGAGACACCUAUGAGGAUGAACAUGCUGUUCAUAUUGUUAUGGAGCUUUGUGAAGGUGGGGAGUUGUUUGAUAGGAUUGUUGCGAGGGGUCAUUACACCGAAAGAGCUGCUGCAGUUGUCAUGCGGACCAUUGUUGAAGUUGUGCAGAUGUGUCAUAAACACGGUGUUAUGCAUCGUGAUCUCAAGCCAGAGAACUUCCUUUUUGGAAAUAAGAAGGAAACAGCUCCAUUAAAGGCAAUUGAUUUUGGAUUAUCGGUGUUCUUCAAACCUGGCGAGCGGUUUAAUGAAAUCGUUGGAAGUCCAUAUUACAUGGCUCCAGAGGUCCUGAAAAGGAACUAUGGUCCAGAAGUUGAUGUUUGGAGUGCUGGGGUCAUUCUCUAUAUUCUACUUUGUGGUGUCCCACCUUUUUGGGCAGAAACCGAACAGGGGGUUGCACAGGCUAUCAUUCGCUCAGUAAUUGACUUUAAGAGGGACCCUUGGCCUAUAGUGUCUGACAAUGCAAAGGACCUUGUGAAGAAAAUGCUCGAUCCUGACCCCAAAAGGCGACUCACUGCUCAAGAAGUUCUUGAGCAUCCAUGGUUACAAAAUGCCAAAAAGGCACCAAAUGUUUCAUUGGGAGAGACUGUGAAAGCAAGGCUAAAGCAGUUUUCCGUGAUGAACAAGCUGAAGAAAAGAGCUCUACGGGUUAUUGCCGAGCAUUUAUCAGUUGAGGAAGUGGCUGGAAUCAAGGAGGCAUUUGAAAUGAUGGAUACUGGCAAAAGAGGGAAGAUAAACCUCGAGGAGCUUCGUGUUGGAUUACAAAAACUAGGCCAGCAGAUUCCUGACACCGAUCUUCAGAUACUUGUCGAAGCUGCUGAUCUUGAUGGUGAUGGGACAUUGAAUUAUUCAGAGUUCGUUGCUGUUUCGGUCCAUCUUAAAAAGAUGGCCAAUGAUGAACACCUGCACAAAGCUUUUUCGUUCUUUGAUAAAAACCAGAGUGGCUACAUAGAGAUUGAAGAGCUAAGAAAUGCACUUAAUGACGAGGACGAGACUAACGGUGAGGACGUUAUCAAUGCCAUCAUGCAUGACGUGGACACAGACAAGGACGGGCGUAUAAGCUAUGAGGAGUUUGCGGCUAUGAUGAAGGCGGGUACAGAUUGGAGAAAAGCGUCGAGACAAUACUCACGAGAAAGAUUCAACAGUCUGAGUUUAAAGUUAAUGAGAGAUGGAUCGUUACAUCUAACUAACGAAGCUAGAUGAAUUACAAAUAUUGGAAGCUGAUUGAUUUUGUGGAUUUGGAUGGGAUGGAUACAGGGAAGAAACUCUGAAAAUUUUCUUUUUCUUCUUUUUUCUUUCCCCAACUUGAAUAUGUUUUACUUGGUAGAACAGACAUUUUGGGAUAGCCAGGAUUAGAAUGGAGGUCUAGAACGGGCCUCUUGAAAUAUUUAUUUUUAUCUUUAGGGUGUCUGUUAUGGGGUAGUUGAGAGAUCAGAGAUGACCAGCUAGUUGUAGAGAGAAAAAAGGGUAAAAAAGGGUAAAAAAAAAAUGUGUUGGUUGAGGACCUCAUCAGUGUGUGAUUGUGUGUAUAUAAUCAAUCAAUUAGGCCAAGUGAUUUCAUUUACUAGCAAUGUAAGAAUUUGCUUGAAUCUACUUUUCACCUUUGAUUUUUUUAUUUUCAA